GGCGGCAGUCCCCGGGAAGCGACGAGAGGGGGGCGCCCUGUCCCGCCGUUCCUCGGCGCUGUUCAGUCGCCAGUGCCGGGUCCUUGGCUUGUCUUUCGAUCCCUGAGGCCCCGUUACGUGCCGGGCUGGGGUGCGUCGCCUAGAGAGGACUGUCUUUGGGAUGAUGGUGACGCUUCGAGGGCUCUCCUACCAGGAUGGCGACCCUCACGGAUUCCUGGGAAUGAAGGGGGAAAGAGAGUGGAAACCAGGCGAGAUGGACGUGUUUCCUAAGUGCAUUUAUCCGUUUCGGAAAUGUUUCCUGGAACUACAGGAAAGAAGGCCCGCGGAGUCAAGCCGAAUGGCAGCUUUACACCACAGAAGUAUGAUGGAAGAAGCGCGCAGGGCGGUUCUAGGCGUCAGCCCGCCACGCGUCGUCAUGGGGAACAAGUCCUGCUGGGGCCUGGGAAGUCCUGCCGAUGUUCACUGCGGAUUAUUACAAGGACGGUCACAUUUAAUUUAACCCUCCCCGCACCCCGUGACCUGGGAACUGUCCUGUGCCCCUUGAACACAAAGGAGGCUGAGGCUUAGCAGGUUUCUUCGCGGUCCGGCUGAGGGCUGGUCAGCACGUUGCGGUCUCUGAAUGCGGCGCGAUUUCACAUCUAAGUUCCCUCGCCUCGUCCCUACAUUCCCAUUGCUCACUCGGAAUGGUGUCUGGUACAUCAUAGGCGCUCAAUAAAAUUCAGCAACGAUUAUUCCUAGAGAGUCAAUUUUAUGCGAAGAUGAUGGGAAAAUAUAUUGUUUUUAUCUUAAGACGUACAUGGUUCUUAGGUAUGGAAUGCAAAAUUCAAAUACUUUAUAAUAUUUAAUCAAUAAAAGAGACUUUGGACAUAUCUUAUGGUUGUCACAGUGCCCCCUUGGGCCUCCUGGCGUGGGAGUUCACUCUCCUUUGCCAAGAGGCAUUUUCUAAAAAGAACCCAGAGAAUCAUUUCUCAUUCCUUUGUCCUAAUUAGGCCUUUCUGAAUAUUUGUGUCCUUCCCAGGCUGGACCGAUGUCUUUCGUUUCUCCACUCUGGCUGGCUUCAGAACUUCUCAGCAUUCUGAGCACCCUUCCCCCGACCCUUUGUUAGUGUCACUGAAAACCUUGGUGUCCGCAGACUCCAUCCUCCUCCAGACCGGCCUGUGGUGAUGCAGCCUGAGAUGCCCCCCCACCCUUUGUAGCAGUUGCUUCAGGAAAAAAAUGUGUGAUUGGUUAAAUUUCCUAGCUUCCCCCUCUCCUCCCCCCAGAAUGUGUCUUUUAAUGCUGUAAUAGGCUGGGUGGUUUUUUUUAUGUGUUUUUUUGUAUGUUUGUUUUUAAGAAUGUAAAGGAACAACUGCAAUUCUCAAGGGGCUACUUAUAGACAUUUGUUUCAGUUCGGAUUUCUUCACCAGCAUUAAUAUUGAAAAGAUAUUGUGACCAGCAGGUUCACACUUAGUCACCAUAGAAGCAGCCUAGCACCUGUCGUGUUCAUCCAUUUGCUCCCUGCUUGGUGGUGUUACUGUUGGGGCGAUCUAAAAUCUAUAGUGGCCCCGGUGCCACUGAAGGGGUCCUCUGUUCUUUCCGCGGACCCAGUAAAGAAUUACAGAUCAGCGAGAUUUAGAAAAGGUUUCGCUGAAGAAACGUCUUAGGGAUUCAUCGCAUUUCUAAGAUUACUAUUUCCCAUUUGGAACUGUCAGACCUUCUUAGAAGAUAUAUUUUGGCGAUCAAAAUGAAAGACUUCUGCGAAGUUUUAGAACAGUUAUACAAGAAGGUACUUCUUGGAGCCACACUGGAAAAUGACAGUCAGGAAUACGUCUUUUAUCUCAACCCAGUAUUUUUGGAUCGAGACGACUCUACAGCCACCUCCUCAGAAUGUUCACACACUCUUGGUUUCCGGGACAAGUGUCAGCCAUCCUCUGUUAAUUGGGCCACCACCUCUGUAGCUCCCGUGUGUUUGAAGAGAUGCGCUCAAACGAGCAGUGCCCGAGAAAUACUACUCCUUCAGUUAACGGUGACCAAAGUGAUGCUAACCAGGAUACUGUCUGAGACCGAAUUCCAUGCAAAGGAUAAAUACAGAGAGAUCAUUCAAAUUCUCUUAAAAUCAUCUGACUUGGAUUCUAAAUUAACCGGUAUGUUCCAGAACUCGGAUAAAUUGUUAUCUCACAUGGCUGCAAAAUGCCUUGCCCUACUCCUGUAUUUCCAAUUGAAAGAAAAGAUAACAUUAAGUAAUUCUUGGGUUGCUUUUUGCCAUAAAAACCUUUCCGAAUACUCUGAAAGUGAUAAAAUAGUGUACUGCCUCUGGACUCUUGCUGUUGUAAUAAAAGAAAUCUUUAAAGAUACACGUUCACAAAAAACAGAAAUCUUAAAGCAGUUCCUGACACCUUUUGACAGUAUUUUUGAAGUCUUUUACGAUUCCUUAUUUUCUCAGCGUUUUGAAAACUGCCAGGAUACUACUAAAAUAGUAAACACCUUGAUAUGUUUCCUGGAGUUGCUUGAACUUCUUAUAGCCUCUAGAAUCCACCUGGCAUCACAGUUCACCUGCCAGAGGAUUGUAUUUUUGAAACCUUCUUGCGUGCUAGAUGUGAUUACCUGGCCCGUACAGGCUUUCGUCAAAAGGAAGUUCAUCAUAUUCAUCAAAAAGUGCCUUCUCUGUAAAGUGGGUGACGACCUCUGUCGGGGAUCUGUCCCUGCGUUCACGCCACCAGAUUGUCAUUUAAAUGUGGACAUGUUGGCCUUAGCUGACGCCGUCUUGCAGGCUGUGGACUUGGGCUUGUUGAGGACACUGUCUGUCCGUGGGAAACCGUCUCGCUUUGGAGGUGGCGAAGUUCCACCUGGAUCGGAGUCUGUCCCUGUUCCCGAUCACGUGACCCUUAGAGCUGCGAGCUUACUUGUCAUCAAAUCCUUAGAAAUCAAGUUUCAAAACUGUGCAUCAGCAAACGAAAUGAAAGUUGUUUUACAGAAGUUCAUGUCCGAGUUACUGACCUUCUUAGAGCCCCACCUCCAGCCCUCCCCGCUGUCACACGAUCCGUGCGAGUGGUUGUGUAGGGUCUUCCUAGAGCAAGACGACGACAUGGUCGAGGCUGCCAAAGCGACAGUGGGCAUCUACCUGAGACUGACCAGAGAACGUGAAGCUGUUGAAAGCUUGACCCAAGAAAAAGAAAAAUGGGACCAUCACACACAUGAAAAUGGCUACAAUCCACACUGUAUUUUCUUAUUCUUUUUAAAAAAUGUAGGGUUCGAUGCUACCGUUCUUCUUGACUUUCUGAUUUCCUCAGAAACCUGUUUUCUUGAAUAUUUUGUUAGAUAUUUAAAAUUACUGCAGAAAGACUGGGAUAAAUUUUUCACCAUUUGCAAGUCCUUCGAUGUCACUGAAUCUAACGAUAGCAUAAAUAUCUGUGGUCGUGUCUCCUCACUUGUCCAAGACAGAAGCAGCAGCCGAACAGAACCUAGUCCUUGGGCUGCUCGUGGCAGUCACAGGAAUGCUUGUGCUUCGGCCUCGUGGCCUUCUGAUGCUUCUUCUGAACCACCAAACCAGGUCGUGAUGUCCAAGGAGACCCAAGCCACACUCCAGGCUGACGGUCAGUCUCUUCCUCAAGCUUCUCAAAGUCUGGUAGAUUAUGACAGUUCUGAUGAUUCUGAAGUAGAAUCCAAAGACCCAUGUUCAGCAAAUAGUAAAGAGACAUCUUUAUACCAAGAAGCAAUGAAGAAAAUUCAGGACACUGUUGGAAUAAGUAAGAAUAAAAAAGAACUUAGCCCAGAGCUUCAGUCAAGACCUCUGGUUCCAAAAGCAUCUAAUAAUCCCUUCUCUGUCGAUUGUGAUAUAGUCCCAAAUAACACUGACUCCAAAGUGGGAACAGCUUACAGAACAGUAAAAUGCUUCGAAGAGCUACAAGGUGCCAUUCACCGUUUGCAGAAGAAAAAUCUUUUUCCAUAUAAUCCAACAGCACUAAUGAAGUUGUUAAAACAGACUGAGGCGAUGUAUAAUAAAACUGUGAAUCCUCUGUAAAACAGUGGCAAUUUAUUUCCAGGGACUGUUUUUCCCCAAUGUAGAUUGUGCCUUAUGAGAUAAAUAGUAAAACAAACAGACGAAAACCUUAAAAGAGUUUUCCAAAUUGUCUUUCUCUUUGGCUGUUGGAGGCAGCUCAGUGACUGAAAGAGAUAGCAAAUGAGCAACCACUUGAUAGAGUUUCACACAAUUUACCGUAGUUCAAACGUGCAGAAAUUUGGGAUGGUUACUGUAUCCAUUUGCUAACGCUGCUAUAACAAAUUACCACAAACUGGUGGCUGGAAACAACAGAAAUCGUCUCCCAGUCCUGGAGGCUGGAAGUCCAACAUCAAAACGCCAUGCUUUAUCUCCAGACUGCAGGAGACAGUCCUCCGUCGCCUCUUCCUAGCUCCUGGCGACUGCUGGCGACCUUCGGCGUGCCUUGAUCUGCAGCUGCCUCACGCCAGUCGCUUUCCUCCGUGGUCGCGUGAGGUCUGCUUUCCCUGUGUGUGUAUCUGUAUCUAGUUUCCCUCUUAAAAAGACGCCAGUUGUUGGACUCGGGCCCACUGUCAUACAGCAUGAGCUCAUCUUAACUUGAUUCUGUGCACAAGGACCUUAUUUCCAAAUGAUGUCACAUUCACGGGUUCUGGGUGGACGUGAAUUUGGGGGGACACUAAUACGGUGCAAUUAUUAUUUCUUCCUGAGUUAUUUACAUGUAUUAUGACGUAUAAAAGAAUAGGAAUCUUAGUAGAUUUUUUAAAGAGGUAAUUAGCUAUGUAUAUAUGUAUACGGUCUGUGAAUGGGCUAAUCUUUAAAAAAAAAAUUUUUAAUCACUGUAAUUUUCCUGUUUAAAAAUCUGAAGUGUUGUCCUUAAAAAUUUGUUGUAAAUGAUCCUUUUGAAGAGAAAUAAUGAAGAAGACAACUUACCAGAUAUUAAAGACUGCGGUUAUCAAAACAGGUUGGUACUCAUUCAGGUAGACGUGAAAGAUCAGUGGAACUAAACAGAAGCUUGCUAAUUUAAAAUAACGAUGAGAUGCUAAUAAUGUCAACCAAAGGGAAACGCAGGAGUCAGAAACUUGGCUGACAAUUAGUAUUUAUUGGGUUAGUUUAUAUAUCAAUUAAAAAGUAUGUCGAAGAAUAUCUAUUCAAGGGUGGUCAGCGCCACUUUGCAGAAACAAAAGACUAGAAAUAUCCGGUUAAAUAUAACGUGAACUCAGUAGAAUACUGUGGACACGUGGAAAGGAGGAGCUGUGUCCAUGUUUACAGAAAUCAGACAUCUGCAGUGAAAAACAAACAUAACUGGGCUUCCACCUGUUUAAGAAAAGGAGGGAGCGCAAGUGUAACAGAUUUAUAUAUGUUUUUGUGUGUUCGUAAAAUCUUUUUAUAAGACUAUACGAGAAAGUCCUAAUCGUGGUUGCCUUGGGAAAUAGAUCUGAAGUAAAUUUGACCUCGUAAGGCUUUUUAA